CGACCAAUCGGAAUGUUACAGAGUAUCCUUCAAUCCGUGGUCAGUCGAUUGACGGAAGCGCCUCUAUGAAAGAUGAUUAAAAUGUAUCUAAAAGUUUUGUAUUCGUUGUUGUUGAUGUUGAGUUUCUAUGGAAUCCCUUCAACCGGACAGAAGAAAAAGGAGACCCUGCUCUCUGAGAAGGUGGGUCAGCUUAUGGACUGGACAGGGAAGAGAGCUGUGAUCCGUAUGAACGGGGAGAAGUUUCGUCGCUUUGUGAAGGCUCCUCCCAGGAACUACUCUGUGGUCAUCAUGUUCACCGCCCUGCAGCCACAGAGACAGUGUGGCGUCUGCAAACAGGCUGACGAGGAGUACCAGAUCCUAGCUAAUUCCUGGCGUUACUCCAGUGCCUUCACCAACAAGGUCUUCUUCGCUACUGUCGACUUUGAUGAAGGAUCUGACGUCUUUCAGAUGUUGAAUAUGAACUCGGCUCCCUCCUUCAUCCAUUUUCCUGCUAAAGGGAAGCCUAAGAAGUCUGACUCCUAUGAGCUGCAGGUCAGAGGCUUCGCUGCAGAACAACUGGCCCGCUGGGUCGGGGACCGCACUGACGUACAGAUCCGUGUGAUCCGUCCUCCUAACUAUGCGGGGCCGUUGAUGCUGGGAUUCCUGCUGGCAGUCAUAGGAGGACUGGCUUACCUCCGCAGAAACAACCUGGAAUUCCUCUACAACAAGAACGUCUGGGCCUUCUCUGCUCUGUGUUUCUGCCUGAUCAUGACUUCAGGUCAGAUGUGGAACCACAUUAGAGGACCUCCCUAUGCCCACAAGAACCCCACCACUGGACAAGUGAGUUACAUCCACGGCAGCAGUCAGGCCCAGUUUGUAGCAGAAACUCACAUCGUGCUGCUCUUCAACUCUGCUGUUACAAUGGGGAUGGUGCUGUUGCACGAGGCUGCCACGUCAGAUAUGGACAUUGGCAAGAGGAAAAUCAUGUGUGUAGCAGGGAUCGGUCUGGUGAUGCUCUUCUUCAGUUGGCUGCUGUCCAUCUUUAGAGCUAAAUACCAUGGAUACCCUUACAGUUUCCUGUUGAGUUAGAGAGCUGGGAGGAAGAAGCCUGGAAGCUCCAUAGUGCCUCGGACGCCUCACACACCAGAACACUGUUCAUCUGGGGUUAUCUCCUCUUCUGUUGCUGGAAACUACCAGGAAGACAUUGUUUACAUUGACAUUCACAAAGUUCACAAUGUCUUUUUAUUAAUAAAUACUGUACAUGAAUAUAAACAUAAUCCAUUAAAUGUAGAUAUGAAGGUAACCAUUGACAGCAGCAGCAGACGGGUCAUAACAGUUAGUCAGUGUUCAACAUGGUGGUGAGAUGGAAGGAGGGGAGAGGCAUGAGGAUGUUCUAUCUACAUAAAGGGGAGGGGCAUAAGGAUGUUCUAUCUACAUAGAGGAGGGGAGGGGCAUAAGGAUGUUCUAUCUACAUAGAGGAGGAGAGGGGCAUAAGGAUGUUCUAUCUACAUAGAGUAGGGGACGGGGGUUAAGGAUGUUCUAUCUACAUAGAGGGGAGGAGGAUAAGGAUGUUCUAUCUACAUAGAGAACAUCCUUAUGCCCCCACUAUCUACAUAGAGGGGAGGGGGUAUAAGGAUGUUAUAUCUACAUAGAACAUCCUUAUCCCCCUCCCCUCUAUGUAGAUAUAACAUCCUUAUACCCCCUCCCAUCUAUGUAGAUAGUAGGGGCAUAAGGAUGUUCUCUAUGUAGAUAGAACAUCCUUAUCCCCCUCCCCUCUAUCUACAUAGAGAACAUCCUUAUGCCCCUACUAUCUACAUAGAGGGGAGGGGGUAUAAGGAUGUUCUAUGUAGAUUGAACAUCCUUAUUCUCCUCCCCUCUAUGUAGAUAGAACAUCCUUAUCCCCCUCCCCAGGGGAGGAGGAUAAGGAUGUUCUAUCUACAUAGAGGGGAUGGGGGAUAAUGGUGUAAUAUC